AUCAGAGACCGGGCCAUGAGGACUUUCCCCAAAAACAGAAGUUGCGAAGUUUACAGCGUCUCUGGUUUAGGAACCAGCGCGCCCGCUGGUUCACCUGCACAGCAGGACUUGGGUGUGACAAAGACCACCCAGACUUCAAGCCCAACUCACAGCGAGUCCCAGGCUGCGUCUGACAUCAAGAGCGCAGGGACUAAAUCAACAAAUUGUGGGGCUUGGAGUAAGUGGGCACUGCGAGCCUCCCCCCUCCUACCCCUCUCGGCUGCCAUUGCAAUGAUGCUCCAUUUCCUUGCAUCCUCUCCAUCUUCCUCAGUGUUCUAUCUUGGAGGAAGUGUAGAGUUCUCCAACCUCAGCUUCUCCCCAGACCUGGCAGACCCGUCGUCUACACAGUUCCGCCUCCAGUCUCAGGCGCUAAGCCAUUACUUCUCAGAGUUGUAUGAUUCUUCACCAUGGAGCUCAUAUUAUCAGCACUCAGGAAUUAUUGCAUUCAGUGAAGGAGUGGAAGGUCUUUGUGUGUACUACUGGAGUAAGUUCUCUGCUCCUCCCGCUAUUGCUGAGCAACUCCAGAGAGUGAACCCGGCCCGACUGCAGCGUCGACUGCCAGGUACCAACAAGGUCCUCUUUAGCAAGAACGAGGAACGCUACUACAUGGAGAAGGAUGAGGACACGCUGCGUCUGCUUGGUUUGAAUCCAGAUGACGGAGGUGAUGCUGAUGAUGAUGACGAUGAAGAUUCUGAUGACAAGGCGGAAAAGAUAAAGAAUCCCAACUCACUUCAGAGUGGCAAGUGGCAGUUGGAGCUGCAGGCCAUUUCUUUCGACCUGUAUGCUAAGUACGGGAAUAAUCGCACACUCAGUCUUGUGAGUCCAAAGAAGCCGUAUUAUCAGUGGAGGCUUCGAGUGCCACCCGGCCAUGUCGUGCGACUCGUCAUCCUCACACUUCAAGGGGCGACACCAGGUAGCUGUUCUGCCAACAAACUGUCUGCUUAUGACUUCUUACUGCCGCUUCAGAACAAGAUCAUUGCCAGAUGGUGUGGUCUGCCAGAAUCAGGAACAUCACCUGUAAUGAAACUGACAUCAUCUGGAAACGUCAUGCUUGUCACUUUUUCUUUCAGUCGACAGAGGCAAGGGGCCUUCUUCAAAGCCUAUUUCCAGGCUAUACCCAAAACAGAAUGUGGCGGUUUCCUUUCUGCAUGGAACGGCACAGUGACCUCGCCUUACUAUCCCUCCUACUACCCUCCAAAUGUGGACUGUAACUGGAAAAUCAGGGCUCCGUUGCCUGGAUACCUUCUCUCUGUGACCAUUGUGAUGCUGGACAUUCAGGAUUCGCCUUCAUCUAGCACCUGUGAAAAAGACUGGCUGGAAAUUGGUGGUGUCAAACUCUGUAACCCGAUUGGUGACAGUAGUAGAAAAAGAAUUUACUCUUCUUCUGUCCUGUUACACUUUCACUCGGAUGAGUCUUUGACUCAUAAAGGCUUUUACCUGAUCUACAGAGCCUUCUCUCCUGAAAGUGCUUGUCCGAGACAGUUCCGAUGUGGAGAUGGCAAGUGCAUUCCUCUGAGGAAGGUGUGUGAUGGAGACAAAGACUGUUCUGAUGGACGAGAUGAGGCAAAAUGCAACACAUGUAAGCCAGGAGAAGUGUAUUGUAAUGGCCAGUGCAGACCACACAGACAGUGUAACACCCAGUUCCUAUGUAGUGACAGUAGUGAAGAAGCUAACUGUGGGGGUAAAUGCUACCACAUGUGCCCAAACAAAAUCUGCCUCCCCAAAGCCUCAGUGUGUGAUGGAAUUUUGGACUGCAAAGACCGCAGUGAUGAACUCAAUUGUACAAGAGCAUUGCAGAAAGGAUGCUCUUCCACCUCCUUCAAGUGUGCCAAUGGAAAAUGCUUGAGUAAAAUCAAUCCGGAGUGUGAUGGCAUCAAAGACUGCAAAGAUGGUUCGGAUGAGUUGCGCUGUGGUUGUGGCACAAGGCCCAGAAAGAGGGUGAAGAUUGUGGGUGGAACAGACGCCCAGGCCAGCUCAUGGCCAUGGCAGGUCAGCCUUCAAAUGGAGCGCUAUGGCCACGUGUGUGGGGCUUCUCUGGUGGGCAGCCGUUGGCUCAUCUCUGCAGCUCACUGCUUCCAGGACUCAGAUGCAAUCAAGUAUUCUGAUGCACGAUCAUGGAGGGCAUACAUGGGUAUGCGGGUAAUGAACUCAGUCAGCAACGCAGCAGCCACCAGACAGAUCCGCCGUAUCGUCUUGCACUCUCAGUAUGACCAAUUCACCUCCGACUAUGACAUCGCUCUUCUAGAACUGAGUGCCCCUGUCUUUUUCAAUGAGUUGGUACAGCCAGUCUGUGUGCCUGCUCCCUCUCAUGCCUUUACUUCUGGAACCAGCUGCUUUGUCACAGGAUGGGGUGUCCUGACAGAGGAGGGUGAAUUGGCCACGUUGCUGCAGGAGGCCACAGUUAACAUCAUCAGUCACAACACUUGCAAUAAAAUGUAUGACGAUGCAAUCACUCCCAGAAUGCUUUGCGCCGGGAACAUUCAGGGAGGAGUGGAUGCUUGUCAAGGAGACUCUGGGGGACCCCUGGUGUGCCUGGAACGUGGGCGGAGGUGGUUUCUAGCAGGCAUCGUGAGUUGGGGUGAGGGCUGCGCUCGGCAGAACCGGCCUGGAGUUUACACACGUGUCAUUAAAUUCACAGACUGGAUUCAACAGCAGACGAAAGGCCAGGUGUGA